CAUGAGUCCGCAGCAGGAAAGGCACAGCCACCUCAGCAUCAUCAGGUCAGGUCACCAUGGGGAACUGCUGCGAGGCCAUGUGCAAUGUGCGAAAGAACACCAACGUGCGUGUUAGUCUGCCGGCAGUCUGCUUCGUGUGGCAGAUAGCUAUGGUCAUCCUCUUUGGGGUCUUCAUUCGCUACGAUGAAGAGUCGGACGCCUCUCGCUGGAAGGACUACAAAGAGGAACACAACCUUACCAGUGACAUUGAAAAUGACUUUUACUACAGAUAUCCCAGUUUCCAGGACGUCCAUGUGAUGAUCUUUAUCGGAUUUGGUUUCUUGAUGACUUUCCUGAAACGUUACAGCUUCGGGGGCGUGGGCUUCAACUUCUUGAUUGCCGCCUUUGGCCUGCAGUGGGCUCUUCUCAUGCAGGGAUGGUUCCACUCCCUGGAUCUCACAACUGGAAAAAUCAGCAUCGGCGUGGAAAGUUUGAUCAAUGCUGACUUCUGCUGUGCCGGCUCUCUGAUUGCCUAUGGUGCCCUGCUGGGUAAAGUCAGCCCCGUCCAGCUGUUGGUUGUCACCUUAUUUGGCGUCACACUCUUUGCUGUGGAGGAAUUCAUCAUCCUCGAGCUUUUCCAUUGCAGAGAUGCUGGUGGCUCCAUGGUCAUCCAUGCCUUCGGAGGAUAUUAUGGUCUGGCUAUCUCCUGGGUCCUCUACCGACCAAAACUAGACCAAAGCAAACGCCUGAAUGGCUCUGUGUACCACUCCGAUAUGUUCGCCAUGAUCGGUACACUGUUCCUGUGGAUGUUCUGGCCCAGUUUCAACUCUGCCAUCACAGACCACGGUGACGGUCAGCACAGAACGGCCAUCAACACCUACAUCGCCUUGGCGUCGUCUGUGCUCACCGCUGUGGCCAUAUCCAGCAUGUCUCAGAAGCGAGGCAAACUGGACAUGGUGCAUAUCCAGAACGCCACCCUGGCUGGUGGCGUCGCCAUGGGAACAGCAGCCGAGUUCAUGAUCAUGCCCUACGGUGCGCUCAUUGUGGGCUUCCUCACUGGCAUCAUUUCAACCUUUGGCUACCUUUAUGUCACGCCCUUCUUGGAAAAAUACCUGAAGCUGCAGGACACGUGCGGCGUCCACAACCUGCAUGCUGUACCAGGCAUGCUUGGCGGCUUUACAGGUGCCAUUGUGGCAGCUGCAGCUACUGAAUCUGUAUAUAGCCGAUACGGGCUGAUCGAAACCUUUAAUUUUAAAGGAAAGUUUGAAAAUAGGUCUGUGGGCACUCAGGGAGGCUUUCAGGCUGCUGGUACAUGCGUGGCCGUGGCCUUUGGACUCGUUGGAGGAGCGCUUGUUGGUCUCAUACUAAGGAUCCCAAUCUGGGGCGAUCCUGCUGAUGAUAACUGCUUCGAUGAUGAAGUCUACUGGGAGGUUCCUGAGGAAGAGGAGAGCAUCCCUCCUGUGUUGGAGUACAACAACCACAUGAUUAACAAGCACCAAGACCUAUCUGAGUCUAACUUCACCGUGGAACAAAGCUAGUCGCACAGUGGACCUCGGACUUGACCGAGCAUAAUGAACAAAUAGAACGGACUGCCCUGUAAAAUGGCUGUAACAUGGUUUGACAGGUUUAACGUGUGUAACUGUUUAUGCCAUGCAAACACAUAUCAUUGAUGUUGACCUGAGAAACCUUUUAUGUUGUGUCUUUUUGUCUAUAAAGUUAUUUUGUUACGAUUAUAAUGUGAUUAUAUGAUGAAGUGAAGGUAUCUGUAUAUACUAGUCACUUUGCUUAUUGCUGCAGGCCUUACUUGUGACUUUUGUGCUUUUUGUAAUAUUGUUGAUAUAUUACGGUUUCUGUUGUACACAGUGUCCAAUCACAUGUAAAUACAGUGCUAAUUAAAUCAUCUCAUGUUA